AUGUCUACCACAAAGUACUCCGACCGUGUCAUCCCAAGCAUUUCUCUGGCCAACUUUGAUCAGCGUAUCGAGGAAAUUACUGCACAGCUCGUCGAUGCCGCCGAAAAUGUUGGAUUCUUCAGCAUAGUCGACCACGGCAUCGCACGCACCGAUGUGGACAAGGUAUUUGAGUUUUCUUCAAGCUUCUUCUCCCUCCCCGAUGACGUUAAAUCGCUUGUGCCCUUUUCACCCAUCGAGAAUAUCGGCUGGGAGAAGAAUGCCCAGAUUCGGCCUUCGACGGGCGCCUGCGACCGCAAAGAGUCGUACCAGCUGCAGUUCAACAGUGGCAUGGAGACGCGCUGGCUGCCUGAGACGAUCGUCCCAGGCUUCCGGUCCACCGUCAUGACCUUCAUGCACCAGGCCCAGGCCGUGUCAGAGAAGCUCAUGGUCUGCUUCGCGCGCGGUCUAGGCUUCCCCGACGACUUUUUCGUCGCCGCGCAUGACAUUACCAAGGAAGACUCGCAGACUGUCGCGCGCCUACUGCACUACUUUGCUGCGCCGGAGGCAAGCAACGACGGGCAGAUAUACCACCGGGCGGGGGCCCACACGGAUUGGGACUUUAUCACACUCCUGUUCCAGAAGGCUGGCCAGUCGGGGCUGGAGAUUUGCCCGGGCCGCGAGGCAGCCUCGACCUUUGGGCACGGCGACGUCUGGACACGCGUCGAGCCCGCUGCCGAAUCCAACGCCAUCAUCUGCAACAUUGGCGACCUGCUCAUGUCCUGGUCUGACGACCGCUUCAAGUCUACGCUUCACCGCGUCAAGGCUCCCUGUGAGCCUGGUGACUUCUAUGGAGAGAGGUACAGCAUUGCCUUCUUCAAUCAGCCGCGCAAGUCGGCGGAGAUUCAGGGUCCAGGCAGGAAAUAUCCGCUGGUGACGGGCGCCGAGUUUACACGUAAGGCGAUGGAAAAGAACUUCAAGGCCAUUUUGCGAGCAAAAGAAAAAUUGGCGGUUGCUCCUGGGCUGCGGGCGCAAGCGGACGGCACCACCACGCGCCGCCGUCGGUCAUUUGUGCCGGAGCUCGUGGAGCAGGUCCCGCUGGACCGGACGCUGGGCUGCUCGCUGUCGCGCUUCGCCGAGCUGUACGGCCUGGGCUGUGACAUGGAGCUCAUCCUGAUGCGCCACCGGCCUUACGACCUUCGCUCCUACGAGUUCAGCCUCGAGACGCACGCCAUCCGCCGUGUCCUCGAGCACGACGAAGACCAGGAGUAUUCCGUGAAGUUUCACUUGGCCGCCGACGAAAAGGUUGUCGAGUCGAAUCCGACGCACUCGCUCGUGGAUUCCGUCGAGGGGUGUGUUCAUCCUCACAGACCCAGCCUGGUCGAGCUGUUUUGGCGCCACGUCCAUCCUUGCUACCCGAUCGUGUCCAGGGACAGCUUUAUCCUUAUAUAUAGCCAGUCCUGUCAAAACCUUCCCCCAGCUCUUAGGGCUGCCAUCUACUUGUCCGCCACCCGCUGGUGGACCUAUAAUCCGGAGCUGUCUAUCUGCUCACCCCAGACGCAGCGCCUCUAA